GAAGUAUAGAACCUUACGUUAAUAUUAUAAAUCUCCCUUCUCAACUACCCAACCCUAUCCGUUACGAAAACGAAGCGUACAUAGGUUAUUUUUUAAUGUUGUGAUUUUUGGCGUUUUUAUCUGCAUUUAUGCCUAUAUCAAUUAUCAUUUUUGCUGAUUAAUAAUAAAUAGACAUGGCGCAGAGGUUUCCUGUGCCAAACACGGGGAGCAAUGGCCCACCCCCACAACGAUAUCCACCUCCGUCAGUACCUCCGAAUUUGCGUCAAUAUUCGGGACCAAAUUUUCCGAUGCAACAGAGAAGUAGUUUUACACCGCCUCCACAAAUGACAAAUGCAGUUUCUGGACCUGGUGGUAUAAUGAGGGCAAAUCCACCGUAUUCAGGAAUGCGCCAAGCACCAAUGCCAAAUCCUCCAGGAGGAAAGAGAAGUACUGAUCAGCGCAUUCCAAUGUCCCAGCAAAAACCGUAUUUUUGGAACAGUGAUUUUUCACAUUCCACUUCAAAGAAGAAGAAAAAGUUAGCAGACAAGAUUCUACCGCAAAAAGUUCGCGAUUUGGUACCAGAAUCACAAGCAUACAUGGAUUUACUUGCUUUCGAACGUAAAUUGGAUGCGACAAUAAUGCGAAAGCGUCUUGAUAUUCAAGAGGCUUUAAAGCGUCCCAUGAAGCAAAAACGUAAACUACGAAUAUUCAUCUCGAAUACUUUUUAUCCGGCCAAGGAACCUGGUGAGGGCGAGGAAGGCUGUGUAGCUUCCUGGGAACUUAGAGUUGAAGGAAGACUUUUGGAUGAUAGUAAAAACGAUCCCAACAAGGUGAAAAGAAAAUUCUCAUCUUUCUUCAAAAGCUUAGUUAUCGAACUAGACAAGGACUUGUAUGGUCCCGAUAAUCAUUUAGUUGAAUGGCAUCGCACAUUAACAACUCAAGAAACCGAUGGUUUCCAAGUAAAACGACCAGGAGAUAAAAAUGUCCGAUGCACAAUUCUUUUACUACUUGAUUAUCAGCCCCUGCAGUUCAAGUUAGAUCCACGUCUGGCAAGAUUACUUGGAGUUCACACGCAAACACGUCCUGUUAUUAUUUCCGCUUUGUGGCAAUACAUUAAAACUCAUAAACUUCAAGACAGCCAUGAAAGGGAAUUUAUCAAUUGUGACAAAUAUUUAGAACAAAUCUUUGCCUGUCCAAGAAUGAAGUUUGCUGAAAUUCCGUCACGUUUAAAUCCAUUACUUCAUCCACCGGAUCCAAUUGUCAUUAAUCAUGUAAUUAGCGUGGAAGGAACGGAAACAAAACAAACUGCAUGCUACGAUAUUGACGUAGAGGUGGACGAUACAUUAAAGGCUCAAAUGAAUAACUUUUUACUGUCAACCGCGAGUCAACAAGAAAUUCAGAGUUUGGAUAAUAAAAUUCACGAGACAGUAGACACAAUCACGCAAUUAAAAACUAAUCGUGAAUUUUUCUUAAGUUUUGCGAAAGAUCCACAACAGUUUAUCAAUAAAUGGAUAAUAUCGCAGACAAGGGAUUUGAAAACAAUGACGGACGUGGUUGGCAAUCCUGAGGAAGAAAGGAGAGCUGAAUUUUAUUAUCAACCAUGGGCUCAAGAAGCUGUUUGUCGAUAUUUCUACACGAAAGUACAACAGAAACGAGCGGAACUUGAACAGGCACUUGGUAUAAGAAAUUCAUAAAUGCUAAAAUAACAACGAAAUUUCAACAGUAUUUUCUACUGGCAUUCAUUGAUUACAUUAAGUAAUGCAAAAAUUUUUACAAGAAUAAAAAUUAUUUUCAAUUUAUUAUGUCAGCGGAGAAUAUUUAUUUUAGCUAUUUUCUGAUUGAAGAAAUAGUAAAUCUGAUGAAUAGAAAAUUGAUGUGUGUAAGUAAUAAAUUUACUAUAAUCUGCUACUGUGAAUGAACUAUUCAAUCUAUUGAGGGGAAAUUCUCGCCAAAACAACUAUAAUAGUGACAUAGUUUUUAUUUUUCUUGUCACUUAUAUAUUUUGUAAGCAACAAAAUCUUGAAAAUAAUUUUAUAACUGACGUUAUGAAAUAAUUAAUUGAUUAUUAAAAUAAUGAAAUUUUGUAAAAAAAAAAAAUCUGACAAUAUUAUAAAGUUGAAAAAAAUUGAAACUUUUUAAAAAUAUUUUAACUUGGAGAUUCCUCUCAAAUUAUGAUAACUACAUUUAUUCAAUAUAAUUUUGGAUUUUUUUCUGUAGAAUAAAACAAACGAUUCUGUACAUGAAGUAAAAAAAAUAUACAUUUAUGUCCAGUA